AUGCAAGGAAGGUGCGGAGGCUGCAUUCUUAUUGUUGUGCCCCGUAUGGAGUACAUACGCAGUAGUAACUCAACACCUCAAGAACGAGGGGUUGUGGUGGAUAAGGGAGGACAGGUUGAUCACCAGGUCCAUCAUAUCACAUGCGAGACCAUGUCUGUGCAGCCCCGCGCGGAUCCGAUAAGAGCUGUCGGAUCUGACGAGCUGCGAGCACAACAAAUGAGAGCACGGCGGGGCUUGGUCUUGCUGGCGUCAGAUGUAGGCUCUUUCUGGAGGGUCCUGGACGGCCAUGGAGGGAGAUAUCGCGGACCUACCGAUUUCUCCAAAGUUCAGGAACAAAGAUGCCGGGCUUAUUCAGAAAAGCGACAGGUUGAUAGCAGACGUGGAUGGCCUUGCCGUUCUUGGGUGUUCGUAUGCAGGCAGGCCGCAAGCUGCAAAAGAUGA